AUUUUCUCUUCCGUAUGGAAACCCAAAGCCAUCUCUUUCUCUCACGCUUCUCUAUCACUGCAAUUUCCCUACAUUUUUCCUUCUUCCUUUGUGAAUAUAAAUUUUUAUUGACCAAUUUGCCUCUGUGGGGAGUGGGAAAUUACCUGCUUGUCGUUGUUUAGAUGGUUUUUCCAGGGUUUUGAGGCUGUGCAUGCAAGGGACUUCAUGAGCUGAGGUGGAUUUUAGAAACAAUGAUUAUAACAAAACAGUAUCGAUGCAUACACUCAGCAAGCUGUCAAUGCACAAAAGGACAUCUCAGUGAAGAUGCGAUUUUCUUAGUAUUUCAACACAUGAACUGGAACCCUAAUCUUAUCGCCACUCUGUCCUGUGUAUGCAAAUGGUUUGAUGAUCUUGCAAAACGAGUAUUAUGGAAGGAGUUUUGCCGAACAAGGGCCCCAAAGAUGAUGCUUGAUCUGCAAUCUAGUGGCAGUCACAGUGUCGAUGGAAAUUGGAGGGCACUGGGGAAGCUUCUUAUUUAUUGUUCAGGAUGUAGCAAGGGUGGCUUGUUCAAUAGCAUUCAGAUCCCUGGUCACUUUGUUUACAGGACCCGUUUCUCUCGGACAUCAGGAAAGAGUUUUCUUUUACCACAGUGCAGAACAGAUAUCUUGUACGUGUCUGAUCCAUGUGAACAUCUUGACCAUGGAGAGGAUGGUGAUAUAGGGUUUUUCCGUGGAGUUUUUAAGUCGUUCUCUAUUUCAAAGGUUAGGAAAAUGUUGAUUCAAAAGGAGGCCCAGCUUCAUCCAACAGAAGUAUGCCCUUAUUGCAAGGCAAAAUUGUGGAGCAUGCUGCAAGCCAAAAUGAUACCACAGAGUGCCACCUGCCGGUUGGGUGCUUACGAGGAUUGCAUCGAGUAUUAUGUGUGCCUCAAUGGCCAUAUGCUUGGGAUUUGCACCCUCUUACCUUUGUCUGAUUCAGAAGAGGCAUCUGAGCGGGAUUAGUAGUUGGAAUAGAUUCCAGGUACUCAUCUAUAUCUUGUUUGUGAGGAAUCAGGAUGCUUUAAAUAAUCAUACUCAUCACAAUGCGAGUUUUGGAGGAUCUCUGUUUCCUUAUUUGAUAAAUUGCUGAGACUCUCAUGCCUUUUUUUCCUUAACCAUCAUGCAUAAAGUGGAAAAUAUAACUGAGGUAGUUUGUUUGUUAUCUUACCUGCAAGGUUAUUUUUUGUUGGACAGUUUGUUUAGUGUUGUAGGCAUGGAUAUAGUGUCUGCUAAUGGAUUCUUACAUGAAUUUUAGAAAGUGAGACGUCCAUAUCAGCCAACCUCAUUUUCUAGAAGCUCAAAUCACCCCUGAUUCAGGUGCUCAAGAGACUUGCUUGCCCCAGUAAUAUCGUUUUAUUGUGAAGGGUUAGAAUCUAUUGGUAACCAUUACUUUUCAAAACAUCCGUUACUCAACAGGGUUUUCAUGUAAUACUCUUUAUUUAUAUAUGGUCAUUAAACGGAUGAAAGUUUGGCCACUGCGAUAAUUCAUAUAGAUUUCUUGUUAAUGAUAAAUCAGUUGCCUUGUGAAUUUCA